CACGGGACUUGUUCAGUUGAACAGAAACCAUGGCGGAGAACGGUAAGUCAUCGGGCGGGCCUGAGCCUUCCGCCGGCGAAAACUCCGCCUCCAGCGGCGUCAAUACCUUUGCAAACGACGGCAGCUUCUUGGCGAUGUUCCAGAAGAAGAUGGAAGAGCAGAAGAAGCGGAAGGAGGAAGCGGAGAGACGACAAGACGGCGGGGAAGACGACACAAGCGCUGCUGCUACCAACCCAACAUGCUCAGGAACAAGCUUGGCUACCCCAACACCGGACAGCAAGCUACCGGCUACAAAGAAAGGCUUUCUACUCCCAAUCAGAGCGUCACAGACAUCCGGAGCUGUGGACGCCGGCAGCCAUCGGCCGUGGUCGCAGGUGGGGAAACGGAAAGGACCCAUCCUCAAAACGGGCGUGGUCAAGAAGAAGAAGCCAUCAGGAGAGAAGGAGGAUCCAAAAAAGAAGGACCCUUGGGAACAGUACAUGGCUGAAGUACAGAAGUACAAGGCUCAUCAGUGCUGUGAUGAUGACAAAACACGACCACUGGUCAAGUAGCAACAACCCUGUGCAUCAACUAACCCUGUGCAUCAAAUACCUGUAGAUAGAGUGUACAUACAGAAUACAACACGGCGUAUUCCGUAUCACCAGAGGUAUUGGCCCUACUGCGAUCCGGCUUGUGGGAGGGCCGGGACCGAGGGUGAUGCGGAAUACACCGUGUUGUAUUUUAUUUAUGUCAUACCCACCCAAGAAAAACCUGCCUUUCAAUACGAAAUGAUCCAAAAUUUGGUGUCUCUAAACCAGAAAAAAAUGCAACAACAUCAAUUCUAACAUCUGAAACCUGUAUUUGAUUUUUCGAAAGCGGCACACGCGGUUAGGGCGAAAUGUAUUUGGAUCUUUUCUGUGGAAGCCGGGUUUGUUCCGUAAAGUACAGCCCGGUCCAGAACACCGUUAUCGAACUUCGAACAUUAUCCUGGUCCGGGUAUGAUAUAAAUGUACCUACAUAUAUAUGGAGGAUGGACAGAAAAUCUUCCACAGUCCAGGUCCCCUCACUUUGGAACACUUCAUAGUGUUGAUGACUCUUGAAAUAGAUAUUCUAUUGUCAAUGAAUACAUGUAUGUCGUCUGUGUGACAUAUAGAACUGUUGAAGUGUUCCCCAUGAAGAAUCUUGAACCACAAAGUUGCUCUGUUGAUUCUUUCAUCUCUGUAACAUUUUAUAUAUAAUUGUGGAGGGGUUCUAUGAAGAAAGCCAUUUUGUAUCAACAGUUACUGGAUGUUCAGGUUAUGGAUUCAUGGGGUCAUAUACACAUUUCAUUUAUAUUUUACUAUUCCUUUAAAAAGAAAUAUGGUAUGAAAUGGGCUGCUUGGGGCAACAUAUUAUUUGCCUAUUUCAUGUUCUUGUAAUGUUACCCCACCCAUUUUAAAUGAUGUACACAGCUUUUCUGUUUUGUUUGAACAUUUUCACUGCCUCUCAUUCUUUCAUGAAAAAAGAUCUGUGACUCCCCUACUUUUUUCAAUGGUAAUGCCAAUGGCUCUGUUGAUCUGUAUAUAAAGUAUUAUUAUGUAAGUUGAUAAUUAUGUAAGAUGAAGACAACUGAUUUUCGCCAAUGCCUGUUAGCUCGUGUACAUGUGUAUAUUACACUUUUAAGUUUUAUGCUGUGGUCUGUUUAGCUCUGAAUGUGCUCAACACAGUAUUCAACAUGAAACAGUUAUUUAAAACCUUUCUCCAUCUGUACUUAAAGCUGUACAUAGCGUUUUGCAUUGUAAAUUCAUUCCGUUCUGUGAUUGUGGUGUAGAGGUAGAAAACAGAUAACAUGUCCU